AACCUGCAGCACAGAAGUAUGUGGGGAGAAAUGGCAGGAAAAGCUGUGUGUGUGAUUUUGUGAAAGCCUGUAGUCAUUCUGGCCUGGGAGUGAAGCUGAAGCUUUUAGGAGAUGAUGGCAGAUCCCUCAGUGCUGGAUCAGCUGACACGGCUGAAACUCAAACUCCUGGAAAAGAGACUAGAAAAUGAACAGGAGAACCUAGAGAAGAUGGAUUUGUCUCUCCCAGCUGCAAGGAACAGACUUCAGGACCUGCUCCAAAGUGCCCUGAGGCAAAGGAGAAAUCUGCUGCAGGAGCUCAGGGAGCAGCACCUUCUGCAAGAGCUUUCACAGCCACCUGCACCAGAUGGGGGACACUGCCAUGACCACAGAGCUGCCCUGCCACAAAUCUACCAGAUCCCUUUUCCAGCUUCUCCAGUGGAGCCACCAAGGAUUAUCCAGCAGACAAUGCCAGCUCAGCCUGCCACCAUCAUCCAGCAGCUGCCUCAGCCCUCCCCUGUGAUCACCCAGAUCCCCCCAGCCCAGCCCUUGGCAGCCCCCCGCCCUGGGAGCAUCAAGGAAGACAUGGUGGAGAUGAUGCUGAUGCAGAACGCUCAGAUGCACCAGAUCAUGAUGCAGAACAUGAUGCUGAAGGCUCUGCCGCCAGCCCUGCUCACACAGCCUGGGGGGGCAAUGGCUCAUGUCCCCCAGCAGGACCUGCAGCUUGCUAUGAAAGCAGAGAGGCCCAAGGUGCCUGUGGUGCACCACCACCACCAUUACCCUCCCACGGGGGUGUUCCCAGUGCCCCCCAGCACAGAACAGCCCUGGAGCAGCACCUCUGCCCAGCCUCUGUGGCCCACAUACUGACAGUACAGGACCCUCUGCAAGUGGACCAGAGCCUUUCUAAAACCAAUAAAAUCCUGCUGUUCUUCCUCAGCCAUUGACAUGUCUUUUUCUUGAGCACUUUUCCCUCCUUUACUUUUCCCCAGAGGACAGGCUUAAAUCCAUGCCCAUGUUAUCCUGUCCUUUUUAGUGUUAUUUAUGACUUCUUGAAAGGCUCACAUGGAGUUUUUAUCAGGCAACACUUUUUCAUGCUCUCAGCAGCCUGGUGUUGCUUAAUAUAGAAAGAAGAAUGAUGAUUUUAUAGCACUUUGUCAAUAUAUUCCCACCUUCUGUUUUUAGAGUGGAGAACAUCUGUACACUGGGUUUGCCUGCUGCAGUUUGUGAGUGAGCCUGAUUAAGAAAACCCAGGGACCUCAAUUCUUCAUUUUGGAAUGAAGAAAAGAUAGUAACUAUCACUGCUGGAAGCUGUCUGUGUUUCAAA